UCGCUGUUUCUGUCAUCUCGUCGCAUCUCCUCUCAUCUCCUCUCGCGCACCGCGAGUUGUCCUUCGUCUACCUGGCUGCUAAUAAAACUGUUCCAUUUCCAUCGCUGGGGAAAACCACGCGUUCAGCGACCUACAAUCGCUGACGUAACGAUGCCAGGUACCGAAUAACGUCGAGAAGAAAGAACAUAUAUAUUUAACCCUCGCGCGCGUCCACCUCGACAAAGUCACGCUACGAUACGCACGACCAAACGCGCGCACGGGAGAGCAGUUCACGCGCGGCAGAUGCUUCCACGUCCUCGCUGAGAUGAUGGCUCUGUGGACGCUCUUCUGCAUCCUCACCAUUGUGAAAAGCAGUGAUGGGGCAGAUACAGAAGAGAGACUGGUGGAGCAUCUUCUAAAUCCAGCCCACUACAACAAACUGAUCCGACCAGCGACUAAUGGCUCAGAACUGGUGACAGUGCAGCUAAUGGUCUCGCUGGCUCAGCUCAUCAGUGUGCAUGAGAGAGAACAGAUCAUGACCACCAAUGUCUGGCUUACACAGGAGUGGCAGGACUACCGGCUAACAUGGAACCCAGAUGAGUUUGAUGGCAUGAAGAAGGUCCGUCUUCCCUCCAAACAUAUUUGGUUACCUGAUGUUGUUCUUUAUAACAAUGCUGACGGCAUGUAUGAGGUGUCUUUCUACUCCAAUGCUGUCAUCUCCCACGAUGGAAGUGUCUUCUGGCUUCCACCAGCGAUCUAUAAGAGUGCCUGUAAAAUUGAGGUGAAGCACUUUCCCUUCGACCAGCAGAACUGCACGUUGAGCUUCCGCUCGUGGACCUAUGACCGCACAGAAGUGGACCUGGUUCUGCGUGCAGACGUGGCUAGCAUGGACGAUUUUACGCCCAGCGGCGAAUGGGACAUCAUUGCUCUGCCUGGCCGGCGCAAUGAGAACCCCUCUGACCCAACCUACGUAGACAUCACCUAUGACUUCAUCAUCCGGCGCAAACCCCUCUUCUACACCAUCAACCUCAUCAUUCCUUGCAUCCUCAUCACCUCUCUGGCCAUCUUGGUCUUCUACCUUCCAUCAGACUGCGGGGAGAAGAUGACACUCUGUAUCUCAGUGCUACUGGCCCUCACUGUGUUCCUGCUGCUGAUCUCCAAAAUUGUGCCGCCCACAUCUCUAGACGUCCCUCUGGUCGGGAAGUAUCUGAUGUUCACCAUGGUGCUGGUCACGUUCUCCAUUGUGACAAGUGUGUGCGUGCUGAACGUGCAUCACCGGUCACCCACCACACACACCAUGCCUCCAUGGGUGAAGCUAGUGUUCCUCAACAAGUUACCUGCUUUGCUUUUCAUGCGUCAGCCACGCAACAGCAGCGAGCGUCAGCGUUUGCGCCAACGCCGGCGUGCCAACGAACAGCAGGAAGGCGGGCGAGCAGGUCUGGCUGAUGGGCUCAUGGCGGGUUUGGGCCUGGGCAGCUCUUCAUCAGGGAGCAAAGAGAACAAUGAGGCAUGCACGUGCUAUGUGAACCGGGCCUCAGUUAAACAGUUUGGGGCAGAGUUGGGUGGCGGAGGGGGGUCAACAGAUGGACUAAACGGGAUAAGGGAAGGUGGGAGAGAGUCCAGGGAAGGAGGUUCAAAUCCAUUGCAAAGCUCUGCUCUACCUCAGGGGAAGCAGCAGCCCCCUACAAUCCUCACCCAGGCUCUGCUGGCCCAGGCCUGCCCAGGGUUCGAGGAGGCUGUAGGCGGAGUCCGCUUCAUUGCAAACCACAUGAAGAGUGAGGAUGACGACCGUAGUGUGAGUGAGGACUGGAAGUAUGUGGCCAUGGUCAUCGAUCGUCUGUUUCUCUGGAUCUUUGUGUUUGUGUGUGUCUUUGGCACAAUCGGAAUGUUCCUUCAACCUCUGUUCCAAAACUACACAGUCAAAACUAUCACCAACACACCCGGCUGACUAACCACCAUCCACCACCACACCAAUGGACGCUACCCACCAUCAGUUGCGACAGGAGGGCAAAGGGAGGAGGUGGGGUCUGCCGAAGGAGAGGGCAAAUGUCACUCUGGACUAACAUUAGGUUUACACGAACCUUUUUUGGAAAAUCACACAGAGUGGGGAUUUAGUCCAGGAUUCUCGUUCAGGCCUCUCGUCCAGUCCACCUUCCCCUCCUUUUAGGUGAAAAACCACAUAAGCCAAUCGGAGAGAAAGGAGACACCUGUUUACUUUGCUCAGCAGCCAAUCAGCACUCAUCUCUGCAAAUAGAAAGCCAUCCACCGCCAACAAGCUCCGAAACGAGCAGUCUGCUUCCUCAAGAGUCACAUGACUUCUGUUUGUUACCUGUACGUGCAAGCUAGUCAGACAGGGAUGAAUUUAAAUAUCGGUUAUAACAUUGUUUCUUUCAGAUUCUUGUUUAUUUCUCAAGGACUAGAAGCCUGUCAUAAUCUAUUGUAUUGCAAAAACAUUUUCUUUUCUGUGUGAACAAACGAGUGUCUGGUCCUUCAGAAUGAGCUUUGAUGCAGUAUCGUAUUAUUAUUGGUAUAGUAAAAGUGUGAAUUGUAUUACUACAACACACAACUUGAAGAGGGAGGGUGCCUGGUGAGAUAUGAAACAGUGACUGUUUAUAAAGACCGAAGGUGUGAUGGUAAAGUCAGUUGAAUUUGCCAAAAAGCGGGCCCACUGUGAUGUAGCACAGGGUUCCCACCCAUAAAUCUUGUCUCAAGCCUUGCGAUUUUUCCCUGAACAGAUGAGCUUUUUCCCUGAACAGAUGAGCUUUGAGCUGAAUGAGUCCAUUUAGCCCCUAAAUACUUCUCAGAGGUCUGCAGUGGUCAGGCAGACUGGCAUUGAUAGACAAAUCUUAAAAAACCUGAGAGUUCAAAAUUAAGACACUGAGAGGCCAAACUGACAUGAAAGUUGUCAUGAUGAAAUUCUGAGCAGUACUGCACUAUUAUUAAGCCUUGACUUGCAUUUCAUCUCCUUUCUGUCUGUCUUUCUGUGCUUCUCAUCUAUCUCCCCUGUUCUCAUCAGUCCUUCACACACCACAUUACUGCCUCCUCAGAAACACAUAAUAGCUUCUCAUGAAAAUAUAAACCAUUGGUUAUGACCAUUUUCAUAUUCAAAAGCACCUUUAGUCAGUGACUCAUGGACUUUGUUGAUUUUAAGUCAUUAUUUACUGGAUAUAAAUGUCAGUGAACCAGUGUUUGCAAAUCAGCAGAUCUCAGGAUAAUUUGAACACUUGUCAUUCCAAAGUCUAUGCUUCUUGUUUGUUCAUUAAGAAUUUUGACAAAUAUGGUUAAGAUUUAUUUGUAGAAUUACAGAUUUAUUAAAUAUAAUUAUUUGUUGAAUUUUGAAAUGUUAUUCAUUGCUGUAAUGGCAAAGCUGAAUUUUUCGCAGCUUUCCUCCAGUCUUCAGUGUCACAUGAUCUUUCAGAAAUCUUUCUAAUAUGCUGAUUCAGUACUCAAAAAAUAUUUAUUUUUCUGCUUAUAAAUGGAUUCUUAGUUUUAUUUUUUUGUGGAAUUCGUAAUACACGUUUUUAAGAUUCUCUGAUAAAUGUAAAGUUUAAAAGAAAACUCUUUAUUAAGCAGGGAAUCUUCAAAACUCAUCUAUAAGAAAACAGAUUAUGCAAACGUUCACCCAUGGAUCAUUUUUUUUUUGUUUUUUGUUUCUCAACUAUAUUUCCUGAGUGCUUCAUAUGACCUCACACUCUUUGCUUUGCCUUUUCAGUCUUUCUUCUCUUCUCAUAUUUCCUUCACCAGCAGUGCUCUGCAAAAAAAGUCCUAUUACAAACCACAAAGCUGCAUAGUACAGCUGCUCUAUUACAUUAAUAUAUCUUGACCGUUAGCUUUUAAAAAUAUAACAGUAUUAGGGUGAAAGCCAAACUAUGAAUGCAUUACUUUUGUCUUAGUUUGGGCUCCAAGUGACUGCAUGACAUCAACGAUGAGACACAAGUCAGUAUUCGCCACACAGGGUUGUGCCUCUGUUCAUUAAUUAAAGCAUUCUGUCCAUGCGAGCAAGCAAAUCAGCUUCCAUAACCAUAAGUGCUUGUCUCUCUAAUUCAUCUAAGGAAAAAUUGAAUGAAGAGAAGAGACAAAGGGAGGAGUGUAGCUCUCUAUAUACAUAUGUUAUGCCAUGUCACGAUCAAUUCAACCUAUUCAAUACUGCAAUAAUCCAGAGUGUGACGUCACAAAGAUUCUGUGUCAAAAUAACUGUCUGUCGGCCAAUAAGAGUGCAUCGUCUUAUUCACAAUUAUGGCACUUAAAUGCCCGUCUCCUAUCCUCACCUCCCUCCUUUGGCUGACUGAUCACAUUUAUCCUGUCAAAUAAAGAUUAGAAAUUCA